UCUGCGUGGAAGAUGCGACUCUUCCCCCCGUGGUUUCCCCGGUUCCUCCCACGCACGGUCCGCGGGCAUAAAGGGAUCCACUUGAUCCCGCGUUCCUGUUAGAUCACCAGCUGGUUCGGGAUCUGCUCGGGUUCAUGCAUCGGGUCUCGGCAGCUCGGUGAGUGUCAGUGGGUUACAUUUCCCCCACACACACCACCGAUGCUGCAGGGAGCAGACGGAGCCACAGCCGCUGGACAUGCCGUUAUUUGCAGCCUCUAGGCGGGAGGGAGACGGCCGCUGCGGCCGGCACAGGGCGCCGUCGGACGGGGAGCGGCUGCGCUCCGUGCGGGAGCGGCUGGAGCUCAUGGUGUCGGUGCUGGGAGAGCUGGAGUACCUGCGGCACCGGCAGCAGCUGCUGGUCCUGAGCGUCCUGAAGGAGGCGCGGAGCGAUGCUCAGCUGAGCUGCGAGGAGAACAUCCUGGUGCUGCGGAAACAGCUGAGCUGUCUGAGGCGGGACGCCGGAGUCAUCAGCGAGUUACAUGAGCUGGACCAGCAGAUCAACGAGCUGCGACUGGAACCGGAGCCGUCACAUGACCAACUGGAGACCGACAGCCGGCCCAGCUCAGGGUUCUAUGAACUGAGUGACGGGGCCUCUGGGUCACUCUCCAACUCGUCUCACUCAGUCUUCAGCGAGUGCUUCUGUUCGACCACCGACGCUGAAGGAUACUUCCUGUCUACAGAGGAGCUGGCCAGCUGUUUGGAGUAUGACGUGCUGGUUGGAGGAUUUUAUGACGACUUGGGUUCCUCUGGCGUUGUCCGCCGCUCACUGUCUGCUCCUCACCAGGCUUCUCUGGAGGCGACGUCACUGGCUGCCACCGACUCCCCGUCUAAAAAUCUCUGCAAUUUUUUCCCCAGAAACGCAAGUGACAUUUACAACUACCGAAACCCGUCACACGCUGCAGCUGUCCAAAGCUCUGCGCUUCUGCAGGUGUCUGGUGACGGAGGUCAGUCCACACAUGAAGCUGGUGGUGAAUGUCUCAAAACAGAAACCUUCCUCAUCCUCAGUUCUGCUUCAGGGACCCUGAGACCUCAAGGCUCCACUUUCCAAACCCAUUCCAGUAAACACCUGGAGAAGUACAUCUUUGGUCUGCUGCAGCGGAGGGCCCAGCCCAUUAGGGCCAACAGACCCAGGACCAACAUCAGCACGGACCCUCUGAAGGGCGUCGUCCGUCAGCCCAGUCUCUCUUUGAGACAAGUAUCUGCUUCCUGUUCUGGUGCUGAAACUCUGAAAGGGUCUGAAAUAAAACCUGUGAUCCCGGCUGGAGAAACCUCAGCAGAAGUCAUUAAUGUCUCAUCUUCUCUGAGGCAAAGCGCUUUAGAAUGCAAAAAUGAAGAGAAGGGCACUCAGAGAGUUUCUCCUGAUGAUACUGACGUCAUGAAAAUCAGCUCCAAGAUCAACAAAGACGACUCAAACUCCAACCAGCAGAACAAUUGUUCUGUCACCAGUCGGGUCAAGAGCACCAGCACAAAGAGACUCAUUAGCAAGACGGGCAAAGGGUCUCUUUCGCUCUCAGGUGCUUCUGUCCCAAAUCUUCUCGCAGAUAACACAGUUCAGAGAAGUCCAAAAUGUAACUCCUCUGACAAAGAGACGAGUCAGCCACGUUGCCCUGUUGACCAAGAGCAGAUUGUUAAAUCAGUUCUAACAGCUAAAACACAGACUGGUGCUUCCAAGAAGCUCUCCAAGCCUGGACAGAGCAGCCCACCAGAGGAGAACAAGUCAGAGCUGGUCCAUUCCAGUGCAGAACCUUUUGCUCAGAGUCAUGAUGAAGACAUAAGAGUAGUAAGAAGAAGUCACAUGGGGAAUGGCAACCUGGCCAAGCAGCAUAACGGUAAACACCGCAAAGGCAACAGCAGGAAUGUUAAGAUUACCAAAGUGAAGAGCACCAGUAGAACAUCCACCAUGUUGGCUUCUGAGAGUAAGGAGGUGCCUUCAGAGAAAAAAGAUAAGUUCUGCUUGAACCCAAACAGGGUUCUUCAAGUAGACGAUGGAAGCUCCAACCACGUCAAUGUGUCCAACAACGGAACUUCACCAGGCCUGAAAAACAUCUCUGCAUCCACUUUGUUAUGUGGAGCCCCAGACAAGCAAGCAAGGUCAACACAAGUCAGAGUGAGAUCAGGAGCAUUAAAGCAGCAUCACCAUGGCAACUACCAAUCCCAUCUUCCCCAUGGACGCGAACAGGUCAUCGUUGUGGCCAAGCCAAAGUACAAGAGGAAUGAUUACAGGCCCCUGCGUGCCAUCAUGGAAGUACCAUGCGAUGGUGCGAACAAACACAGUCAGUGGAGGCAGAGAAAGAAGGCAGUCAGAAACUCUGCAGCCAAAACAUACCCCACCUCUGGGGGGCAGCAACGUGGCCCGUACUCCAGCGUUGCAGGAAGUGAUUCAGAAUAUUCAGCCGAGUGCGUCUCACUCUUUCACUCCACCAUUGUGGACACCAGCGAGGACGACAGGUCCAACUACACCACAAACUGCUUUGGGGACAGCGAGUCCAGUGAGGAGGAGUAUGUGGAGGAGAACACCACAACGACGGACACUGAGGAGAGUGUUGGAGGAGGUCCUGGAGGGGGAGGGGCUGGUGGGACAGGUAGGCACCGGGGUCAGCUGAGGACGGCUCGGGUCACAGUAGGGAAACUGGAAAUGGACCCAGCUCAGACUAAGACCUUUGUUAAGAUUAAGGCGUCUUACAACUUGAAGAGGAAGAUCCUCAGAUUCAGGUCGGGUUCACUCAAACUCAUGACCACAGUGUGACCGGACCAGAACCAGACCUGCUGGUUGUCUUUCUCAGUUACUUCUGUUGUACCUGAAACAAACCAAGUGGUAGAAAAACAGAGGUAAGACGAAGUUGGAAGGUACAUACAACAUGCCAAGCUACGGAAAGCAUCAAUUCAACACCUGACAUUUCUAUCAUCUCCAUCCUCUUCAGACUAAUGGAAGAAUCCAAACCAUCUGAAAUUCUGAUGAAACUUCCUUUCUAAACUUCUUCUUUUGUUGUUAUAAAAAACGUAGCUGGCAAACAUUUAAACAUAUUAAAUCUAGGUUUCUAAAUUUACAAUAUGACAUGGUCGACAUUUUGACAAAUGGUACUAAAAUGUUCUGAAGUCCAGAGACUAAAGAAGCCUUACUUAGAAAUGCAGGUCAGCUAAACUGAACCCAGUUGAAACCAUGUAUUUACACAAACAGAUCACAUUCUGCAACAUUUUGGCAUAUUCCCAACAAAGCAAACAUAGAUGUGGUGGUUUUUGGUGGUUUGAUGUUAAUGAAUGAAUCACCAUGCACAUCUCAUUCUUCUUUCACAGAUCUUUCAAUGUUGCCAUUUGACUUGAAAUGCAAUUUAAGAAUGUCUUUUCAACAUACCCAUCAAAAUUUCAUAAAUAUGUUUAUUAGUUCCUAUUUGUUUAUACUGGAAAGCAUAACUGAAAGAAAACCUGAAAAACAUAUUUGCAUCCAAAUUGUAUCUAAUUUGGCCAGAUCCUUAGGGUUAUUGUCCAUCUGGAAAACCCAUCAGUGCCUUCUUUAUCCCAAUGUAUCGAUGGUCACCACGGCCACAUGCAUUGAUUUCAGUCUCAUCAGACCACAGCACGUCUCCAAUGACUGAGCUGUUUAUCUCAGAGUUUACUGACAAGCUGUCAUCACAUUUUCACAUUACUUUUGGACUAAUGGCUCCUCCCUCCCUGAGUGUCCUGUCUGUCAGUACAGAACUCAUCUCAGUGUGGAUGUUGACACUCAGCAUUGUGUCCAGCUUCAGCAGCUUCACAAGGUUCAGAAAACUUCUGGGGUUGAUUUGUGCAUCUUGCAUGCAAAACCUUUCACCUCUUUGACACAGGAGCAGGUUGGACAUUCUCAUGCCGUUUAUUCUCACACAUAAUUGUUUGAGCAGCUGAACGUAGAACAGUCACUUCAUUUUCUCGGUGCAGGUCAAGUCAGGUAACUGCAGAUGUUUUCUCUAUGUGUGUGUGUGUGUCGGGUGUGUGUGUGUGUGUGUGUGUGUGUGUGUGUGUGUGUGUGUGUGUGUGUGUGUGUGUGUGUGUGUGUGUGGACAGGAAGCUGGCGUAAUGCAAGUAUUAUCCUGAACAUAGAAAGGGAGGCCAUUCUGGCUUCAGGGGUUGUGAGCGCUAUUCAAUUUCUUGUGUUUUUAUUUUAAUUUUUUCCGUCUUGAAGCCUGGUGGUAAAAUAUGAAACGUUCUGCCGUGUCCAGUGUUACAAAUUCAUCACCAAGAUUCUUGGGCUUUUUAAAAGCAACGCAGCUUGGGAGUAAAGAAAUUUCUUAAAGGUUUGUUUUGAAGCAACUUUAUUUGCUAAACUUGUUACUUUCUGCUCGUGCAUUAGCUGCAUUUGGCUCCAGGCCUGAGGUCCAGUUUUGUAAAAGCAAUGUGUUUUUUUUUUUUUUUAUAUCCUGCACUUUGAAGUAAGCCAUCAGUGGACAGGACAUGCUGUUAACAUGUUUGCUCAUCGCCAUGUUUUGUAUUCCUUAUUCACUGAGCGUUUCUGUUUGGCUCACAUUUCUGUAAUUGUAUUUUUUACAGCUAUGCUGUUUCCACAUAUUUUUAAAGCUAUUUAUGCCUAAUAUAUUUGCUGUAAAAAAAAAAACCAACUCAUUGUUGACUGAAAGCCAUUAAAUGUAGAGACCAGCUCUGUUAUUACUGCAUUGAACACAGAUGAAACUGAAAAUGAUAAAGGAUGUGAACGUCUAGGGAAAGAUUCCACUUCCUGUGAUGACUGAACUCCGUUCUUACUCUUAUUGUUUAUUAGUGACGUAACAACUGUCUUUGCCUUUAGUAUGUCUAUAGUUUUGGACAUGGGUUGUGAAAUGGCAAUACAUAAAUCAACCAAACUGAAUCAAACUACCAGCUUGGCAGUGGGAUGAGGGGUAAACCAGCCUGAACCAUAAGCAAACUAAGCUCCUGGUUAGGGCCCCUAAUUCAUGAGAGAGCCUUAAAAAUGCUUAAUUUUCCCAGAGAUCAGAUCAAAUCUACAAAAUUCUUAUUAGUUUAUUGAGAAUAAGUAUGUAAUUAAAUUUUACCCAGUAUUACAGAAUAGAUAAAAGCUUCAAAAUUGCUUAAAAUUUGCAGUUUUGCAGGUACAAAAAACUCAGUUUGAUGGAAGAUGGCCCCUACAUAAAGUUGAGUUUCAGGCCUCAUACAGAUUUGGACCGGCCCUGAACUGGAUUUAGCCUCACCGUCAGGGUCUACAUGCCUUUUUUAAAAAAGAAAUUAAAAGCCAGGAUUGCUCUUACUAACGUCACAAGCUGCCUUUCUGUUUCAAGUUUUCUUUGCUGAAAUUUUUUUCUGGCGUUUGAAGUUAUUUGUAUUUAAAUGUCGAGCCAGGAAAGAAACCUUCAGGCAGUAGCUGGUUGUAGGAAUGUUUCUCCACCAACUUCAUGCAUCACAGCUGGAGGAACGAACGACUGUUACCAAUAUAUGUGUAUUUAAUGUACAUGUACGCCAAUAAUGGUGCUUGACCCUUUAUUAAAUGUGGAUUUCACAAUUG